AUGAUUAUCGCUUUAUUCCUUCUUGCAACUGUUCAUAUUAACCCAGACAAUGAAGCUCCAAUAGGAGAUCCAAUUCCUGAUUUCUAUAUCAAGAAUACUGGGCAAUAUAAUGGAGUUCCAAAUGAAGAUCUAAACAUUGUUCCAGCAAUAGAAAAAGGAUUGAAUGGUAAUGAUAUUUCUAUUAGUGUUUUUAGUACAGAUUGCGCAGAUCCAAACGAAAAUAAUGGAUCUGAGCCAAAAGAUCCAAAAAAUUCUCGAGAACCUCCAAAACCAGAUACUAAUGAAAAACAAAGUCAUCUUUUAUCAAUCAUAGGUAAUAAAAUCGACGAUCACCAAUGCCUUGGAAUUGCACCCAAGAGCACUGUAAAAUGUUAUCCAAUACAACAGAAUCAAGGACAAUUACCAUACUAUAUAGCAUUACAUAUGUCAGACACAAAAUACUCAUUAACGCAACUCAAUGCCUUUCCAAAUAACAAAAUGUGCACAGAUGGAAAAAUCAUCGUAGACACCUAUGAUGAAUUGAAAGAAAGAUUACUUUCCUCUAAUUAUGUAAGAGGUCGCAGUGGAUUAGGCUGGAUUAAUGUUUUUGCCCCACAAAUGUGCAACGGCAUAGGCGCAGAUCCAAAUUACGAUGCUUUAAUGCAGACACGAUUUACAAUGAAUAUUGCUGCUACUACAAACAAAGGCGAUAGAGCUUACUACUCACCAAAAUCGUCAAAUUUAUUAUUCAACGUUCCAUCUACAGAUACAUCGAUUGACUAUGGAGAUAACGUAACUGUUAAUCCUGUUCAUACCUGUGGUAUUCAAAACCCAUCACAGCCAAUGGCAACGAAGAUGGAAGCUGCGACUGCCAUUGCUACAGGUGCUUUAGCUCUAAUCCUUCAAACAAGUAAGAAUAUCACAUGGCGCCUUCUCCAGUUGGUCAUAGCUCUUUCUUCUACAGUUAACGAUGCAGAUCAUCCAUCCUGGAUUACAAAUGCGGCCAAUAUAAAGUAUUCAAACAUAGACGGCUUUGGCCGGUUGAAUGUUGCCAGAGCUAUUGAACUCAUCCCACAGAUUGUUCCCCUUGGAACUGAAUAUGAGGUACAGUCCACAAACACAUACGAUUCUCAUGUCAUUCCUUCAUGCAGAAGUGCACCACUGAAUUUUACCCAUACAAUAGAGAAGAAAGUCAAUUUCAUCGAAUCUGUCAAUCUGAUAAUUGACACUUUUCAUGAAAACAUCGGCGAAUUGACCAUUGAGAUUGAAUCUCCAUCAGGUACAAGAGUUACUGUUAACGAGAUUACUAAUACAGAGAGUCGUGGUCCAGGAUUAAAGAGAUUUGCUUUCACGGCGAGACAAUUCUUAGGAGAGAAUGCAAAUGGUGACUGGAAAGUCUAUAUUUCAGCUGCUGGAUGCAUCCCUACUGGCCGAAUCACAAAGACAAAAUUAAGAAUAUUCGGUACAUCGAAAAUUGUCUUAUUCGGAAAGAGAACACUCGAGAAAUCCACAACAGACAUCACUGACCAACCAAUUGGCAGUGUAAUUCCUCAGCCAAUAUCAUAUACACAGUAUAAACAGUUGCCAAACAACGAAUCAAUACAUUUGUCAAUUGACAAUUACAGCCCACGUUCAACUAUCGAUUCCUCAAAGAAUUUGACAUUCAGACUCACAGGAAUCGAUAGUUUCGCUGACAGCCCAGCUACUCUCUUCUUCACAACAACAGAUCCGGAUGAAGUAGGUUCAAUCGCAAAGGGAGUUAUCAAUUUUGAAAAGACCUCUCAAAUUAACGGUUUUAACUGUUAUUCACCUCACAACUUGGCCGGCAAGUGCAACAUCACAUACAUUGUGAAUAUUGUUUAUGCUCCUGAUAUUAUCUUCAGUGCAAGAUGCGGUCCUUUCUCAAUAAAACCAUUGAACAUCAAUAUCAAGCAAUACGAGAAAAUAAAGAAAGAUGAAGUGAUCACAAAACCAUAUUCAUUGAAUAUAGAAGUUGAUGAUGCAGAUGAUGAGCAUGUAUUGACAUCAAUCAUUGAUUAUGACCAUAAAACUGUUUUACAACAGUCUUUUGAACCAAACAAAGGAUAUGUUUUAUUUAUUAUACCUGAAUCAUCGAAUUUCACAAGAGGAAUAUUGACUGUACAGUCAUUGAACACAGACCAUGAUCCAUGCUCUGUAUUUAUCAAUGCUUUUAUUGUCGAUGGCUCCGAAAUUACACAAGAAGAAUUAAAUAAUUUUAAAUUUAAUAUGUCAUCGCAAUGUUCGAAGAUUUCUGGUUUAGUUUAUCAGGCUUGUGUCCCUCCUGAUACUAAUCCAAUCAUUACUUAUACUUCUCAGCCUCCAUCACAAACUGAGAAGCCAAAUAAAUACUCACCAACAUCAAAGGAAGAAUCUGCAAAUGAAAUAAGUGAGAAAAAGAAACAGAAACAAAAAAUUAUAAUUUCAAUAAGUGUCAUUUUCACUGUUGUAGUUGUUCUGAUUCUUGUUGGUGUUACUUUGUUAGUUGUUAAGGAUCACAUCAAAGAAAAGAAUGAGCCUGAAGAAUAUUGUUCUGAAACUGUUGCUCCUGCAGCAACUUUAUAA